GUGCGAUCGAGCCAAUAGUGAUCGUGCGGUGCUUACGGGAACACGUUUCGGCUCGUCGGUCUCGUUCGCGGUACGUUCUCUGAUACGUGAAAACAUAAAGCAAGGAAGAAAGAGAGAGAGAGAGAGAGAGAGAGAGAGAGAGAGAAAGAAAGAGAAUAAGAGAGAAGUAGUACAAAGGGAAUCUCCAUCUUUGUCUGUUGGUCGGUAGUCGUCAAGGUCGAACGGAAGGGAAAUCCGAGAGGAGAAGGAGAAACUCUCUUGGUCAUCGUUAUCUUCAUCAUCGCCGUCGUUAUUAUCGUUGACUACACUAUCUCUUCAUUUGAUCACUACCUAUUUGAAGGAACUCAAGGAAAGCUGCAACUCUUCUUCGGCAACAGCAGGAUUCAGGGGCGAGAAGCGCGCAGGACGAGAGGAGAGAAGUGGAGACGAAAGAAACAUAGCGGAGGGGAGGGGAGGGACACGAAACAACUCUUCGAAGAAGACGUCGCGAGCUUAGUGGCUCGUUUUUCGAAGGAGACGUUGUCAUCGUGGGUGAGGAGAGGCGAGGAACGCCAUGCCGGCAGGUAUUGGCGCUUCGUACAGGUCGUUAGGCGACCUGGGCGAAGACGUUUACAAAAGCACAACGAUCGUCGACCAGACCCAAAGCACCGGUCAAAGUGUACUCGAAAGUGUCAAGAAGGCUUUCAGCUUCGCUUCGCCAAAGGUGGAGAUCAGGAAGAAGGAUCCAUUGAUCGAGGAUCGACGAGAGAGCGUCUCGAUCGUAUCAAGGGACAGAAACAAGAUGCCGACCGCCGCUACCGCCGAGAAAACUGCACUAUUGGGCACGAUGCCUUCGUGCAUGCGAGAUAGUAUGGACGAUAUCGAGCUGAAGAAUAUUCAGCUACAAUUUCCGGCUCUGAGGUAUUUGUCGAGAGACGAUAGCUCUGUACGAGAAGAAAGAGUAGAAACCGAUAAAGGUAGUCUGCUUGUUGCCGUACAAGGAAACCAGACAAAACCAGCGAUCCUCACCUACCACGAUUUAGGCCUUAAUUAUAUCUCGAGCUUCCAAGCUUUCUUCAAUUACAUCGAUAUGCGCGUUCUCCUCGAAAAUUUUUGCGUCUAUCAUGUUAACGCACCUGGUCAAGAGGAAAAUGCACCGGCGCUUCAGGAGGAUUAUGUUUAUCCAUCCAUGGAAGAGUUAGCAGAACAAUUGCUCUUUGUCCUUGGCCAUUUCGGUUUGAGAUCUGUCAUUGGUUUUGGGGUUGGUGCGGGAGCCAAUAUAUUGGCUAGAUUUGCACUUGCACAUCCAGAUAAGGUCAAUGCACUGUGCUUGAUCAAUUGCGUAUCUACGCAAGCAGGAUGGAUCGAAUGGGGUUAUCAAAAGCUCAACGUACGUCAUCUGAGGUCACAGGGAAUGACGCAGAGCGUCCUUGAUUAUCUCAUGUGGCAUCAUUUUGGCAGGGGUACAGAAGAAAGAAACCACGACCUCGUUCAAGUCUACAAGAAUUAUUUCGAACAUCGCGUGAACCCAAUAAAUCUAGCAUUAUUCAUCGACAGUUACGUGCGACGUACUGAUUUGAAUAUCACCAGAGAACUGGAUCCUACGCGCAAGAAGGAAGGUCUAACGCUUAGCGUACCAGUAAUGAACAUCACGGGUGCUCUGAGUCCGCACGUGGACGACACGGUUACGUUAAAUGGGCGGUUAGAUCCAACGAACAGCACCUGGAUGAAGAUCUCUGAUUGCGGUAUGGUCCUCGAGGAACAACCGGGCAAAGUAAGCGAGGCCUUUCGACUGUUUCUUCAAGGCGAAGGAUAUGCGGUGAGAUCCUCGCGGAAGCCCAUGACGCCGACAACACCCGAAGUGGCCCCACUUUCGCCAUUGAAGAUGGCCGACUAUAGAUUGGCCUCUCUCGAAGGACUGAAUCAUGUUUGCAGCAAGAAAAUCGAUUGGCCUACAGCAACUAUACACAUCACCGAGAAUCCCAUAUCAGAAGCAGUGGUUUGCUAAAUGUUUCUCGAUGAACCACAACCACCUCCGUUAAUUUCUUUUUAAAUAAUAAAAACUACCUAAUCGACGAUAGAUCAAACAACACGAUGACGAUAAAUAACUUCAAGGUUUCGUCGGAACAACGAUCGUCGUGGCAUUCGUUUUAAUUUCUUUUCGAGGUGGUACCGUAACAUAUUAUUUUCGACUGCGAUUUCAGUUUAGUUCGAUUCUAUUGUAUCUUUUUUUUUGCUUUCGACUUUUUUAUUCUUAUAAUUAAUUUUCACCAUUUUUAUCUUAAACAAAAGUUAGUCGAUAUAACUAUUAUGCGACGCUGCGUUGUUAUUUUACAAAAUGAAGAAAGAAGUAAAAAAGAUAAAAAGAAAGAGAGAGAGAGAGAGAGAGAGAGAGAGAGAAGAGAGAAAGAUAGAAAAAGAGAAAAAUUUAUUAUCGAGUAAUUUCCAAAUGUUACAUUUUUAAAAAGUGACUGAUCACAAAUUUUCUAAUGUUAAGAGGGCGAAACAAAUAACUAAUUAAAAAGUUAACGAGUUCGUAUAAUUUUAAAAUCGAUGUUGAAUAUUUUAAAAGUGAUUUUAAACAAUGAACAUUUUUAUUAUUAAAAUUUUAAGACGUUGUUACGACGCCUUUAAGAAAGGAAGAAAACACAUACACACACCAUACUUCUACGAUAAUUCGACGACGCCCAUUGUCGACGUGAACAAAACUAACAGCGACGACAAUAUCGUAAGGGAGCGAGAUUUUAAAAAAAAAAGUCAAGUCAAUCAGUAAAAACUAUCAUCGAAUGAAUGUUCAUGAAUAAUCGCGGAUAAGAUAAUUUUUUCGUAAAAUUACGAGCACACAACGAAUUCGCGACUUUUACACCGAGACAAAUUUUACAAACCGUUUAAGGAAGAUUAAACGGUAUUACUUAGCAAUUUCUUUAUAAAUUAUGCCGACAUUUAUGAACGGUAUGAAAUUUAUGCAGAUACAUAAGAAACAAGAACUCGCAAUACGAUAUUAUUUCAUUCACAAGUACUAUUAAUAAAUACACAAAAACAUAUAUACAUACAGACAUACCUAUAUACAUACACACAAACAAACAAACAAACACACACACACACACACAUUAUAUAUACGAAAAUACAUACAUGUGUAAAAAGAAAUCAAAAUAAUGAAAAGAAAAGAAGAAAUAAUACGGUGGUACUGUACAGAAAAAAAGAACAAAUCGCGCUUUCCCGAGACUGAAAUCCAUCAACAACCAUGUCUAUCGAUUUUUUUCGAAGCAAGAAACGAUCGAUAAAUCGUUUCAACAAUAGAAAUGAAGAUAUAGUACCCAAAAGCGUGAAGUUUCGUCGUUGGUAGUAAAAAAUUUCAGAUGAUAUUACGGAGAAAUAAUAAAAAAAAUGAUGGAUGCUGCUAAUUAGCUGCCUCAAAGUGUCCUCGGAGAGAGUUCGUUCGCUAUAUUACUCGUCGUCCAUUGGCCUAAGGAUGAAAUCGAAAGAUCUAAGAAACAAGUCGAUCGAUCGUACAAUCGACUCUUCUUUCGUCGAAUUUUCGUCGGACUUUUCGCGAUUUAGGUGCUGAUAAGAAGGACAAAUUCUUCGCGUUAUACAGAAAAAUUCUUUUGUGAACGGAUUGGUGUAGAAUUUGUGUUACUGUCCGUUCUAGAAAAAGAUUUUCCAUCGAUCCUUUUUCCCUGCCAUAAAAGGGCAUUAUGGAAAGAGAGAGCGAGAGAGAGAGAGAGAGAGAGAGAGAGAGAGAGAGAGAGAGAGAGAGAGAGAGAGAGAAAACGCCUAUACACGUGUUUACGUUUGUGCACCGUUUUCGCACCAUUUUAUUAUUUUAUUUUAAAGCGCAUAUGGAAUAAAUACAUAUAGAGGAAAAAAAUGACGAUGAAUGAUGUGCGUUUGAGUGCGAGGAUGUACGUAUAGAAAGAAAAAUCAUAGUAGAAGAGUAUAUUUGAUAGAUAGUCGUUAAAGGAAAAUAAUAAGUCAAAAAGAUCUGGUUUGGUACAUUCGCAUGGUUAUAUUAUACCUGGCUUUUUCAAGCCUCUAGCGUGAUAUGAUAAGACGUGCCUGCUACAUGAUGUUGUACUACGUAGCUUUCGAAAGUUCCACUCCGCCUUUAGUUUUGUAUGUGAUGAAAUUCCUUCCGAUUUUCUCUGUAUUAAAUUUUCUCGUAUCUUUGUGCGUUCACCUUUGUGAUAGGUGAAGAUAAGAACGAGCCAUUGCUUCUCGUGCAGCGUGUCACGUUUAAUCGGACGAUCGUAUUGUGUGUAUAUAUAUAUAUAUAUAUAUAUAUAUUUCUUUCGUUUUCGUAACGACAAAUUGUUAAAGCACAAAGGGACGAGAAAAUUAUAAAAAUACUAAAAAGAUUUCGAGGAUAAGACUUAGUCGCUCCACGUAGACGAGAAAGUUUAUAAUGAGAAACCGGAUAUAUGUAUGUAUAAUAGAUGUAUGUAUAUCUAUGACGCGUUGUUUAGACUGUCGCGAAAAAAAUAGUAUACAGCUUAAUAUUAGAGAAGUUCGUGGCUCGAUUUGCGAGAAUUGAAAAGGAUACGCAUUAAAAAAAUUGCUGACGUGAGCUCUAAGUAAGUAAGAAUAACGUAGCCUCUAAGAACUACCGAUACACCGCCAAUAAUAUACGUAUAUACCCUACGUUCCCGUAUUAUUUCUCACUCUUCGUUAUCAAACAUUCAAGCCGACUGUUAGAUUAAUUGCGUAAUAGAACGGAUCAUUCGAAAUUACGAUUAGACUAUCGAUAUAUAUAUAUAUAUAUAUAUAUAUAUAUAUAUAUAUAUACAUAUAUAUAUAUAUAUAUAUAUAUAUAUAUAUAUAUAUAUAUAUAUAUAUAUAUGAAUACCUGCAUUCGAUUAAACAUAUCGACGAAGGAGAAUUCGGCGAACGCUGCUUUUUAAAUUUUCGAUCGUCGGUCCGAUCUCUUAAUGAUACGGUUCUUCGUCAAGAAAAUCUUCUCGAAGUGCAUAUCAGUAAUGUAUGUAUAACAAAAUUGGAAAUGAUAUCUCGUAGAUAAAACGAAACGAAACGAAACGAAACGAAAAGAAAAAUUGAAAAAAAAGAAAAACGCAAAAGAAAAGUGAAAAAAAUUUCCUUCGUGGAUCAAUGAGUACUCAUUUUUUGCAUACGUCACGACAAAUCGUAUUUUACUAUAUUAAUUUCUUUCAUAUUACGAGAUUUUAUCUCAUAUUAUACGAUUAAACGAUCCGGAUUUAAAAAAGGACCGAAAAUAAAAUAUAUAUAACGUCUUUUCAUGGGAUCGAUCGUUUUCAUCCAUUGAUACGAUCUUACGCGAGAUCAUUCAAUGCGCGACGAGAUUAAAUAUUUUAUGUUUCCUUUCUUUCUUUCUCUUUCGUUUUCUUUUUUCUUUUUUCUUUAUUUCUUUUAUUUCAGUUGAUUUGUCACACUUACAAUGCAUUUGUUUUUCUUUUUUUUUUUCGCGCUGUACUCUAUCGUAGCGCGAAGCAUAUUGAGUUCGUGACGUUAAUGACUCAAGAGUAAAUGAAAUAUAGUAAGUACAGUAAGAGCGAACUAUACGUAUUGUUAGACGCGGAGCUUGAAUACAUAUAAAAUACGUUAUAAUGAUUAAAGGACACGUGCGCACUGAACAAAUACAUCUUGUUAUUUAUAAUAAACGAAUUCGAAAGCAAA